CACCGACGGGGCCGAGGGGGCGGAGGAACGGAUGGAAGAUGGCGGCGGGGGCCGGAUGUUGGCACCGCCUCCCCCAGGUCUUGAGCCGGCGCAGAUGAAGCGGCUCGGCGGGGGCCAGCGGCACUUCGGAACCCGAGCUGGGGCGACCCUGGCGGCGGUGCCCGCCCCUGCUAUGUGCCGGUGCCUCGGGUAGAGCGCGGAAGAGCGGCGGCGCGGCCGGGCCGGUGCCGGCGGACGCUCGGGCCUCCUCCUUCCUGCUCUUGGCGGGUGGUGUCCGAGGAGGGCGGCGGCGGCGGGGGCCGCGGGGCCGGGAUGGAGGACGUUAACUCCAACGUGAAUGCGGACCAGGAGGUGCGGAAGCUGCAGGAGCUGGUGAAGAAGCUGGAGAAGCAGAACGAGCAGCUGAGGAGCCGCUCCGGGGCCGUGCAGGCGGCCUCCCCGGCCGCGCAGGGGAGCCCCAGCCGCGGCUCCGCCGCUGCCUCCGGGACCGCCUCUCCCCGGGGCUUCCCGUUGGGCCUGACCUCCAAGGCGGCCGCGGCCGGGGCCGGGCCGGGCCUGAGGCGGACGAGCAGCGAGGAGCUGCGGGACGGGGCCACCUCGGUGCUGGCGGCCGGCGAGGGCAGCGUGCUGGACGAGGUGGAGCCGCUGCGGCCUGACGAGCUGGAGCGCCUCCUGGGCUGGGAGGAGGAGGAGAGCUGGCUGUAUUCAUCACCAAAGAAGAAACUGACUCCAUCGCAGAAAGCAAUUAGCCCCUUAGUUUGGUGCAGGCAGGUUUUGGAUUACCCAAGUCCUGAUGUUGAAUGUGCUAAAAAAUCUUUGAUCCACAAACUUGAUCAAACUAUGACAGCCAUCAAGAGGCAGAGUUUGUACAAUAAUUCUUUCAACUCUGUGAGUUAUACAAAUUCAUACAGCCCAAAUGCUAGUAGCCCUUAUAGCAGUGGUUUCAAUUCUCCUUCCUCAACACCAGUGAAACCUGUGGUCAAACAGCUUAUACUUCCUGGAAGUUCAGGUAAUUUUAAAAGUUCUACAGAUAAAAAUCCUCCACUCAGUCCUCAGUCUUCUGUAGAUAGUGAGCUAAGUGCUUCAGAAUUGGAUGAAGACUCAAUUGGAUCGAAUUAUAAGCUAAAUGAUGUCACAGAUGUGCAGAUUCUAGCUCGGAUGCAAGAAGAAAGUCUCCGGCAAGAAUAUGCAGCUACUACAUCUCGGCGCAGUUCUGGUUCAUCUUGCAAUUCUACAAGACGGGGUACAUUUAGUGAUCAGGAACUUGAUGCUCAAAGUUUAGAUGAUGAAGAUGACAAUAUGCAUCAUGCGGUAUACCCUGCUGUUAACAGGUUUUCCCCAUCACCACGCAACUCACCACGGCCUUCUCCCAAACAGUCACCCAGAAAUUCUCCUCGUUCACGAUCUCCUGCUCGGGGAAUGGAAUACAGUAGAGUGUCCCCACAGCCUAUGAUAAGCCGUUUACAGCAACCUCGUCUAUCUCUUCAGGGCCAUCCUACAGAUUUACAAACAAACAAUGUUAAAAAUGAAGAAAAACUAAGACGUAGUCUUCCAAACCUGUCCCGGACCUCUAAUACUCAAGUUGACUCUGUGAAAAGCAGCAGAAGUGACUCAAAUUUUCAAGUGCCAAAUGGAGGAAUACCUCGAAUUCAGUCUCAAGCAUCAGCCACUUCCCAAAGGCUGAAAAAUUUGCCUCGUACUUCCCUCAAAGCCAAACAGUUGCUUCAAACUUCAUCUACAAAAAGAGUACCUUCUCCAAGUAAAUUCCGCUCCCCUGCAGCACCAUCUCCUUUGGCUCUCCGACAGCCAGUGAAAGCUUUUAAUAAUCAUGGUUCUGGCCCUGGUGGCGGUGGUCAAGAAGCAGCACAACUCACUCAGACUAAUUCCUCACCUGGACCCCCUGUAGUUCAGAACGCGGUCUCCCCAAGCCCUGCCAGCAACAUCAAUAGCACUACUGUCACCAGACCUGCAGGGACCACAGGCAUGAGGAGUGGCUUGCCCAGACCCAGUGCCCCUCCUGCCGGGGGAAUACCAGUGCCUCGCAGCAAACUUGCACAGCCUGUUCGCAGAUCAUUGCCAGCUCCCAAAACAUAUGGUAGCAUGAAAGAUGAGAGUUGGAAAGAUGGCUGUUAUUGACCAGCAGAGAAGAAUGCAGGGUCCACGGCUUUAUGGACAUCCCUUCACCAGACUAAAAGACAACUUUAUAUGCAGACUCUUCAGAUGUGACUUUGGGAUUUGUAAAAUCCCAGCCCUCUCUGUCUUAAUUAGCACAAACUGACAGAGAUGAUCAAGCAGCACUUUAAUGACAUUUAACAUCAGCUAUGUUUGGUAAUCAUACAAUCAUUCUCCAUCGAAUCACUUUUAGUUUUGUUUCCUAGAAAACCCAGUUAAUUUUGAGUAUUUGACAGAGGCCAAUGUCUGGGCAAAAACCUUAACAGAUGCCAAAGAGAAAUGCCCAUUUACAUCCAAGAGUGCAUCUCUGUGCACAAGUAUGGUAUAUUAAAGCUAUCCAAAACAUUCAGCCUACUUUAGCUGUAUUAAAAAAAAUACAUUUUUCCCACUAAUAAAUGUGUUUUAAUGAGAACUAAUAUUCUGACUACAAUUGUCUAAAGUGGUGUGUUCCCUAGUACUCAAACUUCAAAUUAAAAAACAUUUUGGUUUUAAAAAGUAUUACCUCUAUUUAAAAGAACUCUUGCAGCAAUUAUUUUGGAGAUUUUCUAAAGAAAUGGUUUACCCUAGUAGACAUGGCAUUAUCUGAUCUUAAGUUGUGGAUGUAGCUAAUAUAAAUCACCACCAUGAGCUUGCAUCCUGCAUGUUGCUUCGACAUAUCAGAAUUUUGUUUUUGUUGCCAAAAGGGCUUAGUAUCAGUUGUACAAUCUUUCCAAACUUCAUAAUUCCUGGCUCAGGAAAGAUGACCUUUGCUAUUGAAGCCAGCUUGUUAACACGAUGUUCACUAUUACAGAAUUGAGAGGUCAUUUUGGUCGUUGUAUUAGCAGGUUUCCUUGAUAGAAAAAGAGCAAGUUGUACUGUCUGUUCAUUCUUGAUUAUCACACCUCAGUGCUUGUAGCCUGGAACAAAACUGUAUACAAUAACAACAAAGGAAAAUCUAUGCACUUACACAAAAUCUCUGGACAUGGUAGUUGUACUGUUGAUACCAAAUGACAUAGUUAUGUUUCAUAAAAAAUAGCUUGCUGAAUGAAUCCUGUUCUUUUAUGUUAAAACCUCUUUUAGAGAUGUUGUCCCUUAGAAGAUGUAUUCUGCCUUAUAUCUGUUUUUGCAUUAUUGCUAACAUUUUGAAACCUGCUGCAUAUGUUUACAAAAUGUUAAAUUCUUCCCAUAUAAUGGCUAUCAAAUUAACCUUUGUCUACAUUUUCAUUGGUUUCACUAUCUGGUUGCCACAGAAUUUUGCUUUACAAGAAAUUUCUGGUUUUUUAAGCUGCCCCCCACCAGUAGAUUUAGAAGACUGGGACUUUGGUAGCCUAAAAAAGAUUUAGAUAACCAAACAUAAGUUCUAAUGUCUAUUAAGCAAAGAAAUAAGCUGGCCAAAGUAAGUGAAAUAGGAGGGGGAGGAUUGGUAGGUAAGGGAAUCUUUUGGUAAAGCCUUGAGUUUUGUGGAUUAAUAAAAAAAGAACGAAAUAUUUACACAGUAAAAAUCCUUGUGUUAUAAUAGCUAUAAUUUAUCACACAUAAUACCUACAUCAUCAAUUGGAAUCUUCAAUCACUUGAGAAAUUUAUCCUUUUAAUUCUAGCAAAUUACUGAAUUUAAUAGGGGUAGAGUACCAUGGUAGCAUAGAAAUACCACAAGAUGAGGAGCCAUGAAAUAUGUGCCAGAGGCAAAGAAAAUAGGACGAUAAGGCAACUAGAAAGUACCAGACUCCAGCUCAGAUGAUAGUCAAACACUGGCAAACUUCAUGCAGUUUGUCCUGCCCUGUAACCCACUAAUGACUUAUAAUACUAAGGUAGAUGUAACUGUCUUUCUAGGACAUAGCCACAAGAUAUAUUUCAGUAUUGAAUACUCAAGGACAAAUGGCAACAAGGCUUUCAGUAGCUCAACAAACCUGUACUACCCAGAUGACUUUUCCUCAGAGCACCUUGUUAACAUAGGCCAGCUGUAGCAUAACAUCUACACAGGUGAUAUCACUUAAUUAUAUAAGCAGAUAAGUGAAAAAACUAGCUAUUGCCAUAAAAACAGGCCUGUUUUUAGUGCAACAUUGCAAAAAAAUAUGCUGCAGUCUAAUAGAAAUUUUAAUUGAUCUAUUAUGAAAAAACAAUCUUUCAGUUUGAAAAUGAGUUUGAAAAGGAAUAUUCAGGUUAUUUAACUUUUUUUUAAUGGCUGCAUCUGAAAAUAUAUAUUUUUAAAAUUCAACUACAUCACUUAUUAAAAAGGUAUUCUGAACUUGAGUUUGGUAAAGCAACCUUUUUACCUGCUGUUCUACUACCACAGACAUUUGGCUUCUGGUUUCCUGAAGAGAAAAAUUGAUUUUUUUUACUAGGAAGCCUUUGUGCACUGCCAAUUUUUCUGUUUGGGGAAAUCUAAGGAUUCUCUGUGGUUAGACUUACGGAAGAAAUGUGGAUUUGAUAAAACUAGUGCCUAUGAUUUACUUAACUUAUGUUUGAUAUAUAGUAGUAAGGGUUUUAUGAAUGUGGAUUUUUUUUUUGUGCCAACAGCUCUGAAUUGUCAUUUAUAUGUAAGCAGAAAGCUUUGAGCUCUGCUUCCAAAGUUAUUUAAUUUUUUCAGUGUUUGAAUGUUAUUUUUUGUAAGUGUGUUAAUAAAAAGUGUAAAAAUUAGAAAAUAUAAAUAUUCUUAACUCUUAAGCAUUUGCUGGAUCAUUUUUCUAUAAAACCUAUUUGUAUAAUAUAAAACACUCUUAUGGGUCGACUUUUUCUUCAGUUAUGAGACCCUGGAAUCACAUUUUGUAAAAAAAAAAAAAAAUGGGGACCAUUCAUAAUUGUCACAGAGAUGAUUUUUAAUGUUAAUAUCUCAGCCAGUUUCCAUACUGAUUUUAUCACUUUUAUAACAAACGUUUUCAAAAAGUCUAAUUGGAAAUGUAUGUGGCCCCUGGAUAUGUGUAUCUGUAGUAUGAUCCUAGACUGUAUGUUUAAAUCCACUUUUUAUCGAAUUGACUGUACAGAUGUACAUUUUUGACAUUAUGCAUGGUCCUUUUAGAUCACAUGAAGUUUGAUUUGCAGACAUUUCUAUAGAUUAACUUGUAUAUGUGGUUGUCUCCUUAAUAAACAGCCUGACCAUAA